AUGUACGCGUCCACACCGGCACGCCCACAGCCCAUCUCCCAGGCAAUGGGGACACCGGCUGGACCCAGCAUCGCUACAACAACCACAGCCACCAACAUCCCUGCCCCACCAGCAUUGCAUCAGCUCCCUCAGCCCGUAGCCUCGUCCUCGCGCAACCCGCAGCUGGGACCCGAUCCAUUCUUUGCAUACCCUACACCCUCAUCAGACCAGGUCGAGGAUGAGCUGCCCCCGUACUGGGCCACCGAGAAUGUGCCUCUGGGUCUCAUGCUCGACCGGCUCAGUCGCAAGGGUUACGGCGACAUGCGAACGCUCGUCGAGACGACGCUGCCCCCAUUGAACCCCACCAAAAAGGCAAAGCACGUUAUCGAGUAUGCAAAGUCUACUCGCCAGGCUGUUCUCAAGUACCUCGCCGUGCUCCGUUGGAAGACGUCGGUCGAUUUGGCAACCUCUGUCGUUCCUCCAGGAGGAGCAGGCGCCGCGCCGGGAGGUCCUACAGCAUCGUUCCCAACCCCACACUCGAGCGGAGAGUCGAAUGACACCAGCCCCACAGCCUAUCCCCUCAAGGGCAAGGGCCGCUUCGGAGGCGACACGGCUGGUGUCGAUGACACGGUGCAGCGCGGCAAGGUCACGGAUGCUCGCCGUAUCCAGCAGUUCCUGGAGCAUCAGAACGCCCAGCACGAGGCUGCCAUCGCCCACGUUCGGCACGUCACCAAACUGGUGGAGACUCUUCGUGAACGCAAUGCCGACCUCCUCACAGCAUUGGCCCUCCGAUCAACUGGCACCUACCCGCGGCUGCCGACUGCCCUCACCGAAUCCUUUAUCCCUCGUCCACCACUGAACCCUCCAGCCGUUCUCGACACGGUGGAGCGCCUCAACGAGCACCUCCUCUACCGAUUGAGAUGCGUCGACUACGUUCCCCCAGAGCUUGUCGUGGAGAAGGUGGCGGACGGCCGCGUCCAUGUCCGUGGAGGCGGACCAAACGGCUGGGUCGCGCAGCUCAGCGUUGUCGGGUUUGAAGACGACAGCCGGUGGUGGCUCACUGGCGUCGAGUGGGCCUGGGGAGUCGAGGGGUCGCGUCAGCCAAAGACAUUCACCCACGACGAGAGGCAGCAGAUUCUCGACCUCGCCAACAUUGACGUGCUUGCACCACGCCCACUCCCAGAUGACAAAGUCAAGGAGAAUGCCGACAGCGAGACGACGGCAUCGACACCCGUGGACUCGCCUCUGGUGCGCGUGUACAAUUUCCUCCAGCAUCUCUCGCUCUCAUACCAGCUCGAGGUGCUCUUCUCCCAGGCACUCGUUCUGGGACAAGGCCGUUGGCGUGGUCAGCUCCUCGUCGAUGUCGACCGUACAAAGAAGGAGUUGCGACUGCGAUACUGGAUCCGUCAGAGGGCAGUUCAGCCGACUGGUCCCACCCAGGCGGCUGUCGGUAAGCGUGCCCAGCCGCCCUCGGCUCUCAGCGGCGCUCGCACCACCACCAUUGUGGGAGGCACCUUGACGUUCUCCCUUGGCGAGUCCAAGACACCGAUCAACGAGGCCGAGCGAGUCUUGCGAGAAGUCGCGGCCUGUGGCGUGCAACCUGUCGACCGCGUCGUGCGUCUCGAGAUUGGCGUCAAGUGGGAGGUCGGAGACAUCGGUAUUGGCGGAGGUCUCAAGCUCAACGACGCCAUGGACGCAUCAGCGCUCACAGUUAACGCGUCGUCUCUCAGCGCCAAGGCUCUCCUCACCACCGCGACGCGUGCCCACGCGACCCACCUCGCACGCGCGACCAUGACGCCUCUGUUGGCCAACCCUCGUCUCCUCCUCGACCCUCUCAACCCCCCGCGUCUGGAAGAGUCCGAGUCUGCCUCGCGUCCUCUGUCUCUCAUUGUGCCACUGCCUGCCCAACAUGGCGGAGCACACUUUGCAGUGGCAGUGUCGGCCACGUCCGGUCUCAUUGAGAUAAAGGACACGAAUGGAAAGGACCGCGACCAGAUUCUUGAGAGCAAUCGCACCCUCCGCGCAAAGCUUGCCACAGCAUCUGUCAACGACCAAAAGACGCGUCUGGGAGAAGACCUCUACCGCCUGGUCUCGGCCGUCAUCAUGGAAGACGUCGAGGACGACCUCCGCCAGCUGGGCCUGCACCCCAUGCGCCGCGUCGCGCUUCGCACGCAUGAUCUAUCAAAGACCGACUUGCAUCCUACCUCGACGCUGUUUGUGCCCUUGCCAGUGUCCCAGUCGCACUACUUUGUGUGCAAGGUCACUCCGGAUGGCAUCGCGUACGAGCUGCUAAAGCUCCUCCGUGUCUCAAUGGACAAUGGCGCGGGUCUCAAGAUGUCUGUCGGCGACCGUGUCCCCAUCGACCUUGUCAAGCUUCUCGAGAGGCGCAAGGCCAAGUGUGUCAAGCGCGGCCUGGACGACAUGGACGAGACGGAGCUCGCCAAGCUGCAAGUUACCGUGCUGCCACCUGCCUGCAGGUUUGCAGUCAACAGCAAGGACCUCCGAGACAUGUUCUACUACUGCAAUGCCCUUGUCGCCCAGACCAUUGUGGAGCAACAGCUCAAGGACCGCGGUAUUCCGUACACGACCCACUUCCCGGACGAGACCGACUUCCCCGCGCCUCGCAGUCGCUCAGCGUUGGCCGGCAUGGUGCCCAACCUUUGCGUCAACGCCAGCGACCUGUUCAAGGACGGCCGUGCCGCCGAGGUGGCUGCACCAAAAGUGUUCCUCAUCAUCAACGACUGGUGGAAGGGUGCGAAGUGCUCUGUCGAGACCAUUGUCCGUCUUCGUCACCGUCCGUCCGUCACGUCGGCCAACGACACUCCGGGCAGCAGCGUGGCCGCGGCCGCGCCUUCCAGUGCCGCGCGCGCCGAGGGCAUCAAGUUUGACCCCACGACGUCAACCGUGCGCUUCCGUGCGCCGAACAUUGCCUGCAGUGUCCCAGACUUUCUCGAGCAGUGGGAGCGUCUCAGCAAGGUCAUUGUGGUUGCUGGCGAGGUCAACCGUCUCAGCAAGAGCGAGCAGUUCCGCGACAUUCGCAUGCUGUCGUUUGACCUCUGCACCGCUACCCUCCAGUACGCUCCCGGCUACCAGGUGGCCAUCACCUACACGCCAACUUCGGACUCGUACCAGGCGUCCUUUUUCCGCUCGCCCGUCACCACCACCCCAGCACCUACCUCGGCGACACCAGCCAUGGACACCGAGUCGAACCCUCACUCGCUCAUUGCUCCCCUCCUCUCGCACUCUCUCAACGAGUUUACCAACCAGUCGUCUCAGACCAAGGAGCUGCUGGGCAGCAACGGCAAGCAGUUUAUUCAACUGCUGCGUGCAACCCUCCCCCUCCUGCUCGAAGCCGAGUCGCUUCGUCUGUCGUCGCCCGGCCAAGAGUACCCCGCGCUCGUCAUUCGCUCGGCAUCCGAGUACCGUCUUGUAUGGGACCACGAGACGCUGCGCUUCGCCCUGGACAUCUCGCUCACGGCCGACUAUUCACGCUUCCUCCUUGCGGAUGCGUCCAAGCCGCGAAACGAGGCGCCGCUGGACCUCACCUGUGGACCUCUCACAGCCCUUCCGAACCUCGAGCGCGCCGUGACCAAGGGCUUCCAGGCCGCGCGCGCCGCCAAGGUCGCCGCCACGCCCGGCCGCACGCCGGCGUCCAUCAACACCCCAGCCGCGGCCAUGACUCCUGCUGCGACAGGUGGUGCUGGCGGUGCUGGGGCCGCGGCGCCGAGCCAGCGCACAGUCGUGUCGACGAUGCCCCCGGCCUUGCGGCUCGACAGUGGCACGUCCGUCCUCUGUACACUUGCCGUGGUGCAGGAUGUGCUGAGGGCUAUGGCGGCCGAGAUAGAGACGGCGAUUGCAUCUGCGUCCAAGUAG